CACAGUGCACAUCACCAGCGAUCAUUCAGACACACAUAGACUGGAUCUGCUGACAUGCUUCAGAGCAAUUUACAAGAAACUCGUCAUUUUAUCUGUGAAUACCAGAACAGGCUGGAUGCAGCUUGACAAUUUGCUGAAGAUUGCAGAUAACUUUCAGAUAUCUCAGUUUGCCACAACAGGAAACGAGAGAAAGAGCGCCAGUGUAACUUAAGUGAAACCUGCGUCGAUGGAGCUUCAACCCGUCCGUGCUCCUCAGCUGUCUGUGAACUGAGGCCAUGGAGAGUCCGUCCUCCACAGUGAGGCGGCGAGCCUGGAUCAACAGCAGUCGACAGUGGCCCACAUUGGAGGAACUGGACCCUGAUGGACCACUGUGUAACCUCCCCUCUGCCUCUACAGCUGAUGACGAUGUCUUCUCGGAGGGAUGCUUCACAGGAAAGAUUGAGAGCUGGCUGCAGGGUUGUGGGUUGGAGGGAUGCUCAGAGAACGCUAGGCAGCUGAGUUUUGAGUCGGUGCUGAAAACAAACAACUGUGAUGAUGACCUAAGCCUUGGUGCUGAUGCUUGUGCGUUAAGUGGUGGAGCCAUUACGCCUGGAGUUGGCCUCACAAGGCAGCCCUCCAUCAAACAGCGACCCAGCAGACUCACCAGGUAAGUCAUCAACCUUUUUCCCUCCUCAUGAUGAAAACAUAAUGGAAAGGGUAGUUGAAAUAGUAU